AUGAACAGCCCUGCAAGAACUAAAAUUGAAGAAGGAGGGAUAUUGGACUACACGCUAGUAGCGGACGCUGCUUAUGGAUUGAGGCCCUACAUCUACACACCCUAUCGUGCCCUUCCCGGCAUCGCACUUCCCGACCAUCAGCGAGUCUGGAACCUCCAGCAGUCCCGCACUCGAAUGAUUGUGGAGCAGGUGAACGGGAGGCUGAAGACCAAAUGGCGCAUCCUGGACGGGCGCCUCGAGUGCGACGUCAUCCGCGCCCCGCAGGUCGUAUCCGCCUGCAUCGUGCUUCACAACAUCGACCUCGUCCUCGGUUUCCGUCACCGCCUGAACGAACCUCGUGAGCGCAACACUUGGUGGCUGGAAGGACCCGUUGCGGAGGCCCCGCAUUUCUCGUCGCGCGAUGCGGGCUUUACUCCGACUCGUCGUCGAUCUCGCCUGGCGGCGUACUUCUACGCUUCCUGGAGGCUCGGGCAUCCUGAGCUCUCUCAACCAUCUCUUGGGUACGGUUACCGCAAGAUCAUAGGCAAUUGCCAGACGAACGCCAUGUACCUAAAGAAGGCCAUCGAGGACAUGGGGUGCUUUGACAUCCUCUCCAAGGACGUUGGUGUGCCCCUUGUCACCUUUGCACUCAAGGAAAAGGAUGGCUCGUUUAAUGAGUAUGACAUUGCUGACAUGCUGAAACAGUUUGGGUGGAUCAUCCCUGCCUACACCAUGGCCCCUGACCUCGAGCACGUUACAAUGCUCCGCGCUCUCGUCCGAGAGGACUUCUCUCGCUCGCUUGCCGACCGCUUUCUGAAUGACCUGCGCAUGACAGUGAAGAUGUUGGAGGACCGGGCCACCACCGCUCCACGCACAGUCACUCCGGCAGCCCCCACUGCUGCUGCUCCUGCAGUUUCUUCCAUCCCUGAGGAGGCGCCCGUGGCAGGGGAAGCCCCCAAGCCAAAGUCCAGGCUCGCACGGAAUCUGGAUGCGGACGAGGGAUAUGUGCUGUCGCCGCUGGCGGGCACGCGGCUGAUGCCGCCCAAUAAGCUGGAGCACAGCCACUCAAUGGACACAUCUGCGCUGCGCCAGCGCACCUUCAGGGUUUUUAAGAAGAACAGCAUUGCCAAGACUAAUGGGCUGACCGGGCAGUUUGUCGAGCAUCAGGGCAUGGUGAAUGCAGGGUCACCUGUGCCGAGCCUGUGGUAUCAGAUUGCCAAGGAAGGUAUCCCCAAGGAGGCGGCUUAUCAGAUGAUUCACGACGAGCUGCUGCUGGAUUGCAACCCGCGGCUCAAUCUGGCGUCGUUCGUGACGACAUGGAUGGAGCCUGAGUGCGACCGGCUCAUUAUGGAAUCCCUUAACAAGAAUUACAUCAACAUUGAGGAGUACCCAGUCACCAAUGAACUCCAGGAGCGCUGCGUGAAUAUUAUCGCGAAUCUAUUCAACGCACCUCUUGGGGAUGGAGAGGGCGCGAUCGGCGCGGGGUGCGUGGGGUCGUCAGAGGCAAUCAUGCUGGCGGGACUCGCGUUCAAGCGCAAGUGGCAGGAGAAGCGUAAGGCGCAGGGGAAGCCGUACGAUAAGCCCAACUUCGUCUGCGGCUCUGAAGUCCAGGUGUGCUGGGAGAAGUUUUCUAAUUACUUCGAGGUGGAGACCAAGUUCGUGAAUGUGAAGGAAGGGUCGUUCGUGAUGGACCCGCACGAUGCCGUGGAGGCUGUUGACGAAAACACCAUCUGCAUCUGUGGCAUUCUCGGGUCCACCUAUAACGGGGAAUUUGAGGACAUCAAGCUUCUGAACGAUCUUCUCAUGGAGAAGAAUGCCAAGACGGGGUGGGACACGCCGAUCCACGUGGACGCGGCGAGCGGGGGGUUCGUGGCGCCGUUCCUGUGGCCGGAGCUGGAGUGGGACUUCCGGCUGCCCACGGUGCGGUCCAUCAACGUGAGCGGGCACAAGUACGGGCUCGUGUACCCCGGCGUGGGGUGGGUGGUGUGGCGCAGCAAGGCCGACCUCCCCGAGGACCUCAUCUUCCACGUCAACUACCUGGGCGCUGACCAGCCCACCUUCACGCUCAACUUCUCCAAAGGCUCCAGCCAGCUGAUCGCACAGUAUUACCAGUUUGUCCGCCUUGGCUUUGAGGGCUACCGCAAGAUCAUAGGCAACUGCCAGACGAACGCCAUGUAUCUGAAGAAGGCCAUCGAGGACAUGGGGUGCUUUGAGAUCCUCUCCAAGGAUGUUGGUGUGCCACUCGUCACCUUCGCUCUUAAGGAGAAGAAUAGCAAUUUCAACGAGUAUGACAUUGCUGAUGUGCUGAAGCAGUUCGGGUGGAUCAUCCCCGCCUACACCAUGGCACCUGAUCUUGAACACGUUACAAUGUUGCGCGCUCUCGUCCGAGAGGACUUCUCUCGCUCGCUUGCGGAUCGCUUCCUGAACGACCUGCGCAUGACAGUAAAGAUGCUGGAGGACAGGGGCGUGGGUAUGCCCCGCACCAAAUCCACGGCUGAGGCCGCUGCUGCUGCGGUUGCCUCGGUGCCCGAACAUAAGCCCAUUACAGUAGAGGUUCCCAAGCCUGGAUCCAAGCUGGCACGUGACCUGGCAGCGGAUGAGUUGUAUGUGCUGUCGCCGCUGGCAGGCACACGGCUGAUGCCCCCCAGUAAGCUGGAGCACAGCCACUCUAUGGACUCGUCUGCGCUGCGCCAGCGCACCUUCAGGGUGUUCAAGAAGAACAGCAUUGCCAAGACCAACGGGGUGGGUGGCACAGGUGGGUGGCACAGGUGGGUGACACAGGUGGGCGGCACAGGUGGGUGGCACAGGUGGGUGGCACAGGUGGGUGGCACAGGUGGGCGGCACAGGUGGGUGGCACAGGUGGGUGGCACAGGUGGGUGGCACAGCGCACUCACCUGGGUGAAGAGCAUCUCAGCCUCGUCCGCUCGUCCCUUCUCAAAAGCUGCAUUGCCGCGACCCUUCAACUCCAGAGCUGCAAGAUUCGUCUCCGCGCUGCCCCCCGCGCACUGCCUCUCCAGCAGCCGUGCCGCGUGCGCCGCCGUGCUGCAGUGCCGGAUGAUCGUCUGCGACGGCAGCAGCACCAGAUUGGGGCCUGCUCCGCACCGCCCUAUAGGGCUCAUUCAGAAGCAUGUCACAGCACAGCCUGCUCGCUGCUCGUCCAAGCUUGGCCCAUCGGACGACUCUUUCCCCGAGUCCUCUCAAACCCCGGAUGAUACAUUCUCAGGCGACAAGCUUGGCGAAACACAAGCAGAUUCGCCAAUCGGCAAGCUGUCCAAUCCGAACGAGUCCAACUCCAAGGGUCGUCAACCAGAUGAUUCCAGCGACGCAUCCGUGAGCAAAUACCUCGCCAAGGAGCCUGAACCUGAGGCAAAUCCGUCAGAUGAAUCCGACGAGCCAUCCUCGCGGCCCAGCAGCUUGUCAGACCGCGCCAAGGAGCGCUUGCAACGGAUAGAAGAAGCAGCCGCUGCCGCGAAAUCCGGAAGCGAUCCUUUCAAGGGAAUGGUGGCCGUGGCAGCCCAACGGCUGCAAGACUAUUUCGAUAAGACAAGCCUGGUCGGGGGUGCAGGGGGGUUUGGUCAGGAAGCGGUUGGAUUGAGGGGUGAGGAGGUGGAGGGGGAUGAUGGGAGCGGGGAGACGGCGUGGCAACGGUGGGAGAGGGUGUUUGGAGAGGUGGAGGAGCGAGAAGCCAUGCUGACGAGUCUGCAGUUUCAACUGGACGACCUGGUGGGAGACGAGGACUUCACGGCAGCCGCCAAGCUGCAGGCCGCCAUCCGCGCGGUGGAGGACCAAGACGCCAUGGCUGCCGUUUUCAGAGAGCUCAAGGCGGCAGUGGCGGAGGAGAGGUACGGCGAUGCCAAACACCUUCGCGACGAUGCUGGGGCUGGCCUGGUGGGGUGGUGGGCGGGCCUGGACGAGAGUGGGUCAGCAGACCCCUUUGGGCGGCUGGUGCACGUGUCACAGCAGCACGGCAAGCUGCUCGCCAAGUCGUACACUGCCAAGCAGCUGUCCGUGGCAGGGCAGGGCAUUCCCAUCUUCGAGGUCUAUGUGGCUCGCAAUGCCGCCAACCCCAAGCGAUACGACCGCCAGGCCGUGUACCUCCACCAUGAGACAGCCACCAUGCAGGCCAAAGGCGCUUCCACCACCACCACAAACCCUCCGCCAAGCACCUCUGCUUCGAACAGCAGCAGCGCUUCCGAUGCUGCCCCCUCGUCUUCGUCCCCAUCAUCAUCAACAUCCGCGUCCGCGCCAUCCACGUCACCAUCCAGCGUGCAAAGGGUUCAGGAUGCUGUGUCGUUCAGCUGGGGAAAGAAGCAAACAGCAGAGGAAGGCAAAGUGGGUGGUCCAGGCACAGGGGCAGGAGCAGGGGAGAAGGGAGGCAUUUCAUCUCAAUCCCCUGCAGAUCCAGCCUCGGGCCAGACUUCACCUUCACCAGUCCCACCCACCCCUCCUCCCUCUCCCUCCGCUGCCUCCUUCCCUCCCUCCUCCCCUUCCUCUGCCUCCUCUGCCUCCUCUCCCCCCUCGUCUCUCCCACCCGGCGCCGACGAUAGCUUAUCGCGGGUCCUCGAUUUCUUCCGAGAGCGGCUACCAGACGUGAAGCUGCGGGUCUUCCCGGUGGUGUCCCCUGCUGACGUGGCAGCGCCAGACGUGUCGGGCGCGGCGGGAACUGCAGAUAUUCCACGAAUAGUAGAGGAUGUGGUGAACCGGAUAGCGAGGGACAGGGAGUCUGCAGCUGCUGCUGCAGCGGGGGAGGCAGCAGCGUCAGCAGCAGCGGGCGAGGGAGCAAAGGAGGGGGGUUCUGGAAGUGACAGUGAUGCAGGUGAUGGCGUAGAGGUUGGUGAGGGGCUGAAACGAGCAGAUGGAAGCGACGAUGCGAGUGAAGGGAUUGUUCCAGGCAGGGGUGACACGAGUGAAGGGGAGAGCAGAAAGCAGGGACCCAGUAGUGUGACUCCUGAAGCUGAUGGAGGCGUUAGUGAGGCAGUUGAAGUGGGAGAGGCUGCAGCACAGUCUGUACAGGCAGCAGGAGCAGGUACAGGAGCAGGGAGCAGGGUCGGCGGAGCGGACGACCCAAGGCGUGCCAGUCAGCUGCCAGAGCGGGACUUGAGGCGACUGAGGGCGUUCCGAGAGAGAAACGGGAUGCUCGGCGAGGGCUCAGGUGAUAGUAGGAAUUCUAGUGUCAGUGACAGCAGCAACAGCAGCAGCAGCAGCAGCAGCAGCAGCAGCCGAGGAGAAUCAGGCAGGAACGAAGAUUCAGGUGGGCUGGACAGAGAAGGAAGCAGUGGAGGCAGGGGGGGAGUUGGUGGUGGGCAGGGAGAAGGCGGGGCGGAGCGGAGCGACGGUGAGGAAGGAUCGGAGGAUGCAGAGGGGCGGCAGGGCAUUGCCGUGCGCGUGGUGGUGGGGGGGGUGUUCCCGGGGGAUGGUGCGGGGGAGAGCGUGAGCAAGGUGCCUGCGAGGAUAGAGUGGCGAGGCAAGGACGCGUUCGUGCUCACUGUGGAGGACAGCGAGGGUGACGGGGAUGCAGCUAGCAGCAGCAGCGGCAGCACGGGAACAUCUGCCACUGACCCAGAAGCGUCCCAAUCUCCCUCCUCUUCCCCUUCCUCCUCAUCGCAGUCAGCAGCGGUGGCGGCAGCGGUGAGUGAGCGGCUGGCGUCAGCAGCAACGAGGGCAGCGGCCAACCUGAUGCCGGAGGACGUGGCGAAGCAGCUGUGGGGCGUCGACCGCUUCUCAGGACCCGUAAGACCCUUCCCAACCAUAUCACCCCUCUCCUGCAUUCUAUCCUCGCUCCUCCAUUCCUCCAUCUUUCUGCCGUUUGUGAAUUCUGACGUGCGCAUUAUUCGUCCGGCCUCGGCCCUGUGUGGUUCUCAUCAUCACCAUCCCCAUGGCCAGGAGGUGUUCAAGGACAAGGACGUGGCACAGCUGAUCUAUGCCCUAUGCAUGCUGUACCUGUUUCCCCUUUAUCCGUUGUCCCCUAUCCUGCCCUCACCAUCACCAUCAUCUUGCCAGGAGGUGUUCAAGGACAAGGACGUAGCACAGCUGAUCCGCACGGCAGUGCAGCACGUGCAGAGGAGGCGCUACACGCUGCCCCGCACCACCGCCUUCACCCGCAUCCAUGCCGCCGAUGCCUCCACCGACCCCUUUGCUGGAUUGUACGUGGGUGCGUAUGGUCCGUACACUUCCGAGGCUAUUCAGGUCAGGCGUAGGUUCGGCACGUGGGAGGAGCCAGAGGGGGAAGAGCAGGAGAGCCAGGCUGGGAAGGCAGGGGAGAGGGUUGGGGGGAGGAAGAGGCAGGGCGAGCGGGCACUGGUGCCGCCGUUUGAGUACGUGGAGGGGGUGAAGCUCACAGGCGACUUCAAUGUGCCUGCUGGGAAGGUGUCUUUUCGAGCUAAGAUCGGGCGGCAUUGGCAGAUGCCGUUCCGAGGGGUGUACCCUGAUGAGCUGGGUGUGGUUGCUAGGUACCCUGGCCAGGGUCAGCUGGCAGAGCCAGGUUUCAGAAACCCCCGUUGGGUGGACGGCGAACUGCUUGUUUUCGAUGGAAAG